UGUUUAGAUGAUACACUAUCUAUGUUAUAUUACAAUAAUGCAUGAAUUUGAUAUGCAGUAAGUAAAGAAAUUAGAAAUGUAAACAUGGAUGUGUUAACCAAAUGUCACACACAACUUUUAUAUGCACAAACUGAUAAUCACUGCUGUAACAGUUUUUCUGUCAAUACAAAUGAUGUUUGUGACAAAUGCUACCAGAAGUUGAUAUGGCAAAAAGAAUGUACCAUGGAAAGCCAUGAUGUCAUAGAAAAGGAGAAAACAGAAACAAAACCUCCAGCCAGCAAAUCAAAGAAAAUAAAAAAGAAAAGUGCUAUUGCAAAACUUACUGAAAAAAGAAGAAUAUCAGAAUCUGGGAGUGAAUUUGGAUCAGCAGCAUCAUUACGAUCAAACACUAGUAAAAUAUUGCCAGAUAAAAAUGUUCAAGCUGAAAAUAUCAACCUAGAUACAAAGGGAGAUAAAUUGAAAUUAGGGGCAGAUAAGAAAGAUAUUGAAAUUUCUAAUUUGAAAAAGGGAGAUCAACCUUCACAAUUAAAAGAUGAAGUAAAAGACAAUUUGUUACAAAAUUUAAAUACUGAUACUACAAAGGAAACUGUUAAAGAUAAACUAGAUAACUCAACAUUACUUAUAACACCAAAGGGAGAUAAUCAGACUAAUAAUAAUGCUUCGUCAGUAAAAACUGCUUCUUUAGAUAAAACACCUUUACCUAAACCAAGAAAUUAUAAGGUUUCAAGUGAUGCAUCAGAUAUCUCUCCUCCUAAUUAUAUGGACAUAGACACAGAUAGUGAUGAAAAAGAUAAAAAAGUAGAUGAUGAAGAUAUUAUAAGUAAUAAGGCUCCAUCAGACGCAACUGUGAGACGAUUUAGAGCUUUAAAAGUUGCUAAUCAACGUUCAGGAUCUCUUGAAUCUUUGAAAAAUAGUCCAUUUGUGCCAAAACCUCCAGAGACACCUAAAUCUGGGAGGAGCCAUUCUAAAUUUUUAUCAAAAGGUGAAAAGCGUAACAGAGAGACACAUUCUUCCGGGGAAGAAGCUAAUAGUUCUAAGUCUAAAAAACAGGAAGAUAUGGCUGAAACAAUGUCUACUGAUGAUGUCUUUGUAGAAGACUCAAAAACAGGUUCUAAAUCUGACCUGAAAUAUCAAAACGAUGUUCAAAUGAGUCCAGGCAGAGAUAGUAAGAUGGGAUCAGAUGUUGACAUUGCUCAAAUUACAGAAAACUACAAACAUGUGUUACAGAAUGAUAAUGAUUCAUUAACAUUUGGAAAACUGCCUCCCGUCUCACCAAAGACUCAUCCACCUCCGCUCCCUGGUGAUAUAUCUUCCAGAUCAUUACGGACAAUGUAUAAAGCCGAUGCUUCCUUUAAAAGAAUAGACAAAACAAGCUUUGACACUGUAUCAAAUCGUUCAUCUACAUCAUCAGCUAUCAUUGCACCUAUAUCUAUAAAGGAAGCUAGAGCGAGGAGUGGGACAGGAGGCAAUGCUUCAGUAUCUUCAGUAUUGCUGAGUUCUGAAGAAUUAGAAAGAUACUUUCCUGAUAAAAGAUUAAAGAUUUGGGUAGGAUGUUGGAAUAUGGGGGAACUGAAGGAAUGCAGUACAUCUUUACAAGAUUUUGUUUUACCAGAAGCUAGUGAAUAUGUACAAGACAUGUAUGUUAUAGGUACUCAGGAAAAUAGUAUGCAUAAAAAGGAAUGGGAGAUUCAGAUCCAGGCUACAUUAGGAAUGUCACAUGUCUUAUUCCACUCUGCCACCCACGGUGCCCUUCAUCUUGCCAUAUUUUUACGCAGAGAUCUUAUUUGGUUUUGUUCUGUGCCGGACGAAGAUCAAGUAACAACUAGGGCUGUUACCAUGGUGAAGACCAAGGGAGCUGUUGCUAUAGCAUUUUCAUUUUUUGGAACUUCCUUUGUUUUUCUUAAUUGUCAUUUUACUUCCGAUGAUGGAAAGUUGAAAGAUAGAGUUAGUGACUUUCAACGAAUAAAUUCUACGCUAAAACUUCCAAAGAAUCCCACUCAACAAGGUGAUAUUUCAGCAAAUUUUGACAGUGUGUUUUGGUUAGGUGAUUUGAAUUUCCGUAUUGAUAAAGGUCGCCGUACAGUAGAAGACAUUGUCAAGGCCAUUGUUGAACAAGAUCAUCCUAACUUUGAAGAUUUAUUACACACGGAUGAAUUACUUAACUGCUUACUUCAAGAAAAAGUGUUUCAAGGAUACCAAGAAGGGAGAAUUAAUUUUAAACCUACCUAUAAAUUUGAUUUAGAGACAGAUAAUUAUGAUACCUCAGCAAAACUUAGAAUUCCUUCAUAUACAGACAGAGUUUUAUUUCAUUCUAAGAAAAAGAAUGGAAUAUCAUGUACACACUAUGAUGCAGUAAUGAAUGUAAAGAAAUCUGACCACCGUCCAGUGUAUGGAUUAUAUGAUGUCAUACUGAAAGCUGGAAGGGAUGGAAUACAAAUGGCAGCAGGACAGUUUGACAGAGAAGUUUAUGUCGAAGCUGCCAAGAGAAGGAGCUUCAUACCUGAGGAGACAACAAAGAAAGACCAGAAAUCUAGCGGAGUCUGUUCUGUACAGUGAUACAAAAGUGCUAAAAUAUACCUAGACUGUUAGUUCUGGUGAGAUCAGGGCUCAACAGAAUAUCAAAUACCACUCAAUAAUGGACAGAUUGGAAGAAUUGCUAUGAAAUAUCUGGCUGUGACUAGACAAGACAAAGGAAGAUUUAGAUUAAACAAUUUUAUCUAUGAACAUUUUAUAGAAAACUGUUUUUAGUUAGUUUCACAGCUUUAUCUGCAAUGAUGCUAAUACUCAAGCUCAUCAUUUAUGUAAACAGCAAGCAGUUUGAACUGGAACUAGUAUAAUAGUCCCAGGUUUGUAACAAAAUAGGACAUGAAACCCUUUUAAAGACGCCAUGUGAACAAUGCUUUUAAUGACAGUUUUAUUAGUUAUUAAAAUGCUGGUAGUUUAACACCGACAUCGAAUAUUUAUUUUAUGUGUUAUUUGUGUAAUUUUUAACUGUUUUAAUAUUAACCUUAUCUUAAAGAAAAUAAUGGCUAUGUCAACAAUGUUCAUGUAAACCAAAUUCUAUAUCAUCAUUUGUUCAAAUUUGUUAUUAUCAUUAAUUCAGUGUCCAGAAUUUUUUUUUCAUGUUGUAUACUGCAAUUAUGGUAUCGAUCUGUCUGUAUCUCAAUCCAUUCUCUUGUCUGUUUAUCUGUAAAUUUGGUUAAACAUUAAUGAUUAUUUUUUUAUUUUUUGAAAUAAAACAGUCCCUCUUGUGUGUAGUCUCAUAGACAUGUUUUUACAAACUGUCUAGUCUACAAGUUUUGUUUUUUUUUUCAUUUUAAAAAAAAUUUGACUUGUUUAUUUUUGAACAAUUGUAUUUUGGUAUAUUCACGGUCUUGACACCACUUGAAUGUCUUAUCAUGCAUGAACAUUAGAUGAUUAGAAAUAUAAGUCACAAUUUUAAAAACCAUCUAAGCUUUAAAAAGUAAUUAAUAAUUAUAUAAUAUUAUCAUUGAACAAAAACAUUGUAUCUUAAUGUUAAUGAUACUGUCUCAGGAAAUAAGACAACUAAGUUUGUGUUCUUCAUACUAUGCUGUGUAAACAUGUGCAUGAUAUGUAUUGCUGUAAUUUUUAUUCAGUAUCUGCUUCCAUUUGUAUACAACUUAAUUAACAUUCCAUUGUUUAUCAGUGCUGUUUAUCAAGUACAACUUCAUAAAAGAUUCACCCAAAUUUUGUGGUAAAACAUUUAUUUUAUGGAGAGAAAAACAUUAAGGGUUAUAUCUUGCAUGGAGUUUUAUCUUGUUAUUAGUAUGUGGUAGAAUAGUAGUUUCAUAAAUUAAUUUAUAUAUUUGUGUUCAUGAUAUGUAGAUCUGCUGGUGAAAUGUUUCUAUUUCUAUAAAUAUUAAUUCAGAAGUGGUAUUACAUAAUGUAAAUCUGUUACAGAUUCACUGAUUGGUCAGUUGCAUUAUUGUAAUCUGUUAUAAACUCUUUGAUUGGUUCAGGCAUCAUUUAUUUACAAAAACACUGAGACUUCACAACUUUUAUGAAGCUGAAUUCUGAAUUAUUCCAUUUAAAAUAAACAGAGAUUAUACAGCUGAUAUUUUAUUUUAUCAGAAAAAAAUAAUUGUUCGAAGCCUAUGAAAAGAGAAAAGUAACUUGUCUAAAACUAUAUAUAUCCGUCCUGUAAUGAUGAAAACUUUUUUUCUCAAAUCAAAAAAAUUGGUCUCUAUAUAUGAAUCUAUAAUAUUUUAACUUAAUUUAAUAUUAGUUCUUUUUAUGAUUAAUAUAUUUAUUUUCUAUUUAUUUAUUUAUCUUUAUUGAGGGGAAACAAACAACACAUUAAAACGUAAUUUGUAUAAUUUUUUGUUAUGAAUAUUUGAGUUCACCUGAUCAUGUUCUAGUCGAUAUGUCACCAUUAUUGGAUAGAUACGUUACAUAAAAUAAAUAAUACAAAUGUUUUGA